UUUACGUACCACAACAAAGAUGGCGGCGUCACCUGACGUCUCCGUUCGAAUAUGUGUGCAAGAAAUGAUUAAAUAUGAUUUAGAAGUUAAAGCUCUCAUUCAGGAUAUACGAGAAUGUCGGGGUCCACACAGUGUGUUAAUGGAGCUGAACGCUGCGGUGAAGGAAAAAUCAAACUAUUUAAGACAGCGGAUUCAGGAUUUGGAACAAAUGGCUAAAGAACAAGAUAAAGAGACUGAUAAGAACAUUAUUAUGGCUGAAACAGAAAGUCACCGCAAACAAAUGUUAAGUAACCAGACAGCAUGGAGGAAAGCCAACUUGGCCUGCAAGCUGGCCAUCGACAACUUGGAAAAAGAUGAACUACUCCACGGUGCGGAUUCUGUGAGGCAAAGGAAGGCCACCAAAGAGAGCAUGGUUGAGACAUCCAGUAACAUCACAGAGAGUUUGAUGAGCAUCAGCCGAAUGAUGUCCCAGCAGGUCAAGCAAAGUGAGGAAUCCAUUGGCACUCUGGCAACAUCAUCAAGGUCAGUGCUGGAAACAAGUGAAGAGUUUAAAUCAAUGACUUCCACAAUCCACUUGGGACAGAAGCUCAUCCUGAAAUAUAAUCGGCGUGAAAUCACAGACAAACUGCUCAUCUUUCUUGCACUUGCUCUGUUUUUUGCUACUGUACUCUACAUACUGAAAAAGAGGCUUUUCCCUUUCAUUUAGAGCAAAAAAUUUAAGUUUUUUCUUUCUUUCUUUCUGUCUUUCUUUUGUCUGUCUUUCUUUUGUCUGUCUUUCUUUUGUCUGUCUUUCUUUUGUUCUUUUGUCUGUUUUUUUUAAUUGCCUGCAACUACUUAAAAUGUUCUGUUGAUAGUGUUGGUGUGAAUGUUUGUGUGCCUGUCUUCUGUACAUCCAUUAGAGUUUGCAGUUUGGAACUCAUGAAUAAUAAUUUACAGUUUUUCUCAAAUGCUAAAACACAAAAGCCAAUCCUCUAAACCAAAUGACCAGUUGUCUAAACACAUUUACUAAAUCUAGCCAUCAUUUUCCAAUAUCAUAAACACAUUUCACAUGACACAAUUCACAAAACACAAUCCUCCGUUCUCAUAAAUCUUAACACAUUUUUUUUUGCUAAAACACAAGUUGAAAAAGAACUCUGCUCAUAUUCUCAAAUGAAAGCUCAUGUGAUGCAAAAUGCUUGCCACAUAUUUGAACACAAUGAACCCACAUGGCGUCAUUCAUUACACACAACGACUCAAAAUUGAAGACACUUGUUGCUAAUGCUGUGACCACAUGUACAAAAGCAAGUUCAGAGUGCACAGUUUGCUGAAGAUUCCAAACAAACACAAUGGAUGAAGGCAGAGUCAGAGGAAGAGGGAUUUGAGUCAGAGGAGAGAGAAGAGCAGGCCAUGGAAGAAGAGGAGCAGGCCAACGAGGAAGAGGAGUUCAAAUCAGAGGAGGAAGAGGAGCAGGCCAACGAGGAAGAGGAGUUCAAAUCAGAGGAGGAAGAGGAGCAGGCCAACGAGGAAGAGGAGAAGGUCCAGGAGGGAGAGCAAGACAACCUCGCACCAUCGUUACGGACGAGAUGCGAGCAACAGUCAUUGACCAUGUCAUUGUCCAUGGCAUGACAAUGGCUGAAGCAGGACCACGAGUCCGUCCAAACCUGAGUAGGUUCACCGUGGUCACCAUUAUCAGGGCAUUCAAACAACACAACAGAAUGCCACAUAGAGGUGGGAGGGUUGCCAUAUUUACAGCGGCACAAGAAACCCUCAUUGUGGAUAUGGUUCGUGAGAACAACCUCAUCAGACUCGGGGAGAUCGGAGACAAAGUCAUUGCCGAUAAUGUCAACUUUGAGAGCAUUGAUGAUGUCAGCUUGGCCACAAUAGACCGAGUUCUCCAGCGCCAAAAGAUGCGGAUGAAACAGGUCUAUAGGGUUCCCUUUGAGCGCAACUUUGCGCAACACAAAGACCUACGUUACGAGUAUGUGCAAAGGAUAUUACAGUUGGACACGAUGGCCAGACCUCAUGAGUACCUCUUCCUGGAUGAGGCUGGCUUCAACCUGCAGAAACGAAGGCAAAGAGGCCGUAACAUCAUUGGCCAAAGAGCCGUCACUGAGGUUUCUGGCCAAUUCGGGGGUAAUAUUACUCUUUGUGCGGCCAUGGGUUUGGAGGGGCUUGUCCACCGGCAUGCUGUCCUUGGGUCUUACAACACCCAACGUCUCCUCACCUUCCUAGAGGAGCUAAAAGACAUCCUCCUGGACCACCAACAACACCAUCCUGGGCCCGCACAUCAAAUUUAUGUGAUCAUUUGGGACAAUGUACGCUUCCACAAAACAAAACAAAUCAGAGAGUGGUUCACCACCAACAGUAACCACAUUUUAAACGUCUGUCUGCCACCCUACUCCCCUUUCCUGAACCCUAUAGAGGAGUUCAUCUCAUCAUGGAGAUGGAAGGUUUAUGACAGACAACCAUACACUAGAGAGAACCUCCUAAGGGCAAUGGAGCCGGCCUGUGUUGAUAUCCCAGUGGAGGCCUUCCAAGGAUGGAUUCGCCAUUCCAUGUCGUUUUUCCUGUGUGCCUGGCAAGAGACAAUAUAGCCUGCGAUGUGGAUGAGGUGAUGUGGCCCGAUGCAGCUCAGCGACAUGAUGCCACACAGUGAUUUUGGUGUGUGUGUGUGGUGUGAAUAAAGUAAAUAAAAAAACUUCUUGUUUUCAAGAGUACUGUUGUGUGCAAUAGAUUCUGUUUUUGCAUCGAGUUGUUACAGUAGUGUACAUGCAGAAUUUACUAUAGAUUUAUACUCUUCAUAUGAAACUCUCAAAUCUAAAUGCCUAAUCCUCUGCAGAGAUCUAAGAACAUCCAUUACUGUAAAGUUUCAAAAAAAUGCCUUGGCAGUUAUGAAACAAAGAACCUUCUCACAAAUUGAGCAUUGUGUUUUCAGUUGUUUUGCUGUAGUGUGUAAUGAUGUGUAUAGUGUUUACAUUUUUGAAAGCUUCGAGCUGCUCUUUUGGUGUAAAAGUUUGAGUUUUGAAGUGAGAAGGUGUGGAUGUGUUUAUGUAGCUUUAGGAAAGGGUGUUGUGUUUAGACAUUGGGGAACAUGGAGGAAACGUUUGUGAAAUGUGUUUUAGCAUUUGAGAAAAACUGUAAUACUUACAUACUAAAUACAUAUUGUGUGUAGGCCAUUUCUGUUGACUUUAUACAAAUGACACAAUAAUAACAAUAACAACUUGGCAAAAAUUGUUUACUGGAAGUUCAAGGACUUUUUAUGAAGUAGUGCAUCCAGUUCAUUGCAUUAUAAGCAUUUAUAUAUACGUACACACACAUGAAGUUACUUUGUUACAAGUUACCAAUCAGACCACUGGAUGGUGCUGUACUGUUUGUUCCAUUUAGCUCUUAUAAUUAUGUAAUGUAACUCAAUGUAUUUUAUCUGAACAUGAUGAUAUCCUACAGGUUCUUAGCCCUGGUCUUCGAGUACCCCUGUCUGGUACAUUCAUUGUUUUCCCUUCUUAAACACACACACACACCACACACACACACACCAGCUCAGGAACGAUGAUUACCUACAUUAUUAGUUGUAUCAGGCUUGUAGGAUGGGGUACUCCACUGCCACGGUUGCGCACUUGUGUACUAUUUGAUUGUUCAGGUUGUUGUAGUCAGUGUUAUGCAUAGUAUCACUGCUUUUGAGCUCAUAUUUGAAACCUUUUCAGCAUUUGUGCCACCACUCAGAAAUACUUGUAAGCAUGGUCAUUGAUUCCCUCAGUGUCCUCAGUCCAGUCUCUGUGGAGUUCAGGGGCCUCAGGUGAAGUUUGUUACUGAUGACUCAACUGUGAUGAAGUGCCUUAUGUCACAUCUUAAUUUAUUUCCUGUAAUGUUUAUGACUUUAAUAAAUCUGAACUAUAUUAAAA